UUAGAGGAUAGAACCACUCGGUGAGAGGAAGACGGAGCGAGAAAGAGAGCGGUUUUACACGCGUUCGCAGCGUUCAGUCUGCUUGCAGCGUUCGUGCUAGACGUCGUGUCCCGGUUAGCUUAUCUUCCAGCUUUUAUUAUUCCAUUUUCUCAUCUAUGACCCCGUUGUUGCCACCUUAAACGAGAAUGAACGACACGAGACACGCGGAACGCGACCUCCGACACACGAUUUUUCUCCGUGAAGAACACGAACACGAACGCGUUAACUCGCGGAGCGCGUGAUCGUCCAAAUCGCGCGACACACUGUGACAACUACAUAGAAUCACCAUCCGCCAUCCAAUGUUAAUCACACGCAAGCACAACACUACAGAAUUACGUAUAAUUCGAUCAGGUGACGCAGCCGAGUAUGAAAAAUUGUCAGACGGGCGAUCGUAAGGAACGAUCGGAGCGGCGAGACGCGGACAAUGCAGAUCAGAGACAAAUCACGUACUUGAAGGCGACCGACUAUCCGACCAUGUCGGACAACACCGAUCUGUCAAAGAUCCCGAAACGAAAGUUGUCCGUGUUCUAUCGAUCGUUCGACGUGAUCACGCAGAUCGACCAGGAGAAUGAGAGGCAAAACGCUGCGGACUUUCGAAGAACGUUCAGCAGCCCGUCCGUGCGGAUCGAGAGGGCUCGAGAGGACGUCGAUUCGAGGAACGAUCGGCAAACAAACGAUCGACGAACAAACGUGGAACAGAGGAGAGAUCGUCCGUCGAUCUUGAGCGGCUCUCCGCCUAGUGAUCGACUCGCAAUCGGUGGAAAGUCGAGCGACAACCAAGUUUCCAACGCCGACUCACUGUCGUCAAUGGCAUUCAAGUUGCCUCAAGUUCGAGAGGGCACGAUCGUCGACAAUUACGCCGCGAUUACCGAGUCGUCGAACGAUAAUGAGAGCCACGAGUCCCAGGUCGCCGAUGAAAGUGUCGCGAUCGAUACGCGCCGUAACAGCUCGUCGCCCGACUUGUUGGCCGGCUCGAUUGUUGGAUCGUUCGCCGAGAAAAAAGCUGGAGGCAUAACCGAAACGACCGAGCUCCGACGUGGAAAUUCACCGCAUACGCGUUCGAUUUGUUCGCGAUUCGACGCUGCACGCACCGAUCUGGUUAAGAUCAAAGAUUCGGUGUACCCCCGCUCGUUUGUGAACGCGUCGAGUGCCGGUCGCCUCGGGAAAUACACAUCAGUCGAUGGUGAAAUGUCGAGUCACGAGGAUAGCUCGAUCGGUUCCGAUAGCGAGGACGAUCCGAUCGAGCGGCACGCCGCGACGUGUACGCGGAUCGAGAGGUCACGAUCGAAGAACGACAGCCCGCUGUCGCGGCCCUCGUCUUUCUCAAUGGACGAAUCCUCCAGGAAGCCGGAUUCGAGGGAGAUCCACGAUCGAGAUGUGACGGAGGGAUUCUGUUCGGAACGAACGGAGAGACAAAAAUGUUUCGCCGCGAGGAGAUCCUUGUCGGAAGGCGACUGCGAGCGAUAUCAUCGCGCGAAACGUCGUUGCAGAUGCGUCAGAGGGGAGGAAGAAACUUCCGAAGACGAAGAACGAAAGGAGAAAUUCCCAGUUUUUCCUAGCUUCAGCGACACUAGGCUGCAGAGCAUGGGACUGUCGUGCUCCAAGGACAUAGACAGCGUGUACAGGGAAAAUCUAUCGGAGAACGAGCUCGAGCGCAAGUAUAUCGCGUUCUCGAUAGGACUUGGCACGGAUAGGAUCACUCUACGCCAGAGGAUGAUAUUGUCACUUCGUCAACGGGAUCAGUCGGAACGAAAUUUCAUGGAAGAAAUUCAAAAGAUGCAAGAGGAUAUAAAGAGUCUGUGCCCACUUUGCAUGGAUCAAGAGUCGAUAGAUAAAGUGGAAAAUAUCCGUCACCGGUUGGACACGAUAACACGGUCUGCGCACAGAGUUUCUUGCGCCGCUGAAACACUCGGAGCUGUAUAUCAAGAGCACAGAAUUUCUCGAGCAAUUUUUAUAGGUGACAAGUAUCUGCAGUUACUACGAUCCAGAUGUGAGAAUCUGGCGGCAGAUAUCGCAGACAUCAGGCAGAUACUGUUGAAAAACAACAUCAUGAUAGAAGAAACCGGAGAGAUGGGGGAUGAGUUACCUAAACUUCGAUACAGAAAUGGAUUGCCCUGCAACAAUCGAAUGAUGACUAGAAGAAGAGCGAGCAUCGCUACGAUUUCACGACCGUUGAGUUCGCAAGACGUGAUAAAGGAAAUCCCUAGGCAACGUAACUCUGUUUCCGGCAGAGUUAAUUUGAGACGGCCAUCGCUAUGCUUCGAAACGCAGAGGUGGGAAAACGAAAAAUUAAAUCGAACGGACAGUGCAAAUAGUGUCGUCGAGCUGCGAGACAUUUUCGAGCACACUGAGUCGAGAAGGAACUCGGUUGAAGAAAAUAACAAUCUUUUGAGAAACAACCAAAGUAAUAUCGUUGGUAAUAUAAACUGUGACGUUGCUAGUAAUGCGAAAGACAAAGAUCGACUGAUUGUCAAACAGAAUUCUUUUUUGGAAUCAAGUGUAACUAACACUGUUGAAAAACAAUUAAAAUCAUGUACACGAACAACCGAGCCUUUGCGAAUAACUAGAAAUAUUGAAACGUGGCGACCGAUUCUAUGGUUUACGUUUAUCUUCCUUCUCGGAUUUUAUGCCAAACAAAUCACUUCGACAUUUGUUACGUAGUGCAUUAAAAGGUUUUAAUAGUAAAAUUUAGCAUUUUUGUGUUAUGGUAUUGCAGUAUUAAAGAUAUUUUAUAUUAGUGUAGUAAUAUUUACAAGGAAUAAUAAAAAGACGUAAUUUACAAAUA